CUGCCCUCGCCUGAUCUUUCCCGCUGGCCCGGGGAAGGUACUCCUUCGUCCUGCUCUGGGCAACGACCUGCCGGACACAAGGCGCCCGCGACGCCCGAGCGGCAGCCGCAGCCGCAGCCGCUCCGGCGGGCGCCCGCUCGCGCUUGCGGAGGGCCGCGGCCGUGGCGGCGGAGGCGGGCGGAGCGCUUCCGACGCCGAGGAUGGGAACCACCUGGCGGAGGCCAAGAUGCCGAGGCGGCACGGCAGAUUCGCCACGAGAGCAGCCCGGGCAACCCUUGAACGGCGUCAGGAAAAGUCGGACAAGGCCCGUAUUGUCAAGCUGGACGGCCGUGCUCGGGACAUCCUGAGAAGAGCCAAGUCCUCGAGAUCCUUGCCGAGAAGGAGACGCAGGUCCAGAGGAGACUCUGAGGGCGGCGGCGGCGGCGGCCGCGGCGGGCGCCGGGAGGUCGCGCUGGUGCCCCUGGGCGCGGCCGAGAGACGGGCGCGGCCGGCCGCCGAACGGCGGAGCGGGCUGGCGAGCCCGCAGAGCGAGCUCGAGUGGGCGCCCGCCGACCAGCGGGGCGGAGCCCGCAGCGAGG